AUGCAAAAUUCGGUGCGUUCCGCUUUGAAUUUCACCUAUCCACAACGAGCCGAAGUAGAGAUUUUGAGAGGCCUCUCCUUCACCGUGGAGCCCGGUCAGAAAACCCUAAAUGGAGUUGCGCUCUCGAAAAUGCCCCGAAAAGAACUCCGCUCGAUUCAAAAUAAUAUCACUUACGGAAUUCCGCCAGAACUUAUUUCAAAAGAGAAAGUGAUCGAAGCGGCAAAAUCGGCAAAUAUUCACUCGUUUAUUGAAUCGCUUCCAGAUGGAUAUGAGACGAUUGCUGGGGAGAAAGGCGCACAACUAUCCGGAGGACAAAAACAACGAGUCGCCAUUGCACGGGCACUGAUUCGAAACCCGGAAUUUCUCAUUUUGGAUGAAGCGACGAGUGCUUUGGAUGCGGAAAGUGAACGGGUAGUGCAAGACGCCUUGGAUCAAGCCUCAUUCGGUCGUGGCUGUCUCUUGAUCGCUCAUCGAUUGUGUAUUCAAUGGUGCAUAUUACCAUUUGGUCAAGCAUCGGGACCGGAUAUGAAUUGCUUAAUAUGUUCUGAGCUAUUUUGCGAUUCUUUU